AUGCAGCGGGCAUUGAACUCUCGGCUGCUCGCCGCAGCUUCGCGUCCCGUCGCCCAGCGCGCCUGCGCCCCUGCGCGCCGAUUCUACAGCGCCAACACCGAGCCUACGCCCGUCACCUCUCCCUCCGACAAGCCCGGUGCGCAGGCGGGCGAUUCCUCGGUGGUGUCGAAAGAGGGCCCCUCUGAGGCCAUGGCCAAGCACAAUCCUGACUACAAUGUGGUUGUGGAUUACCGCACCUCAACCUUCUCCCCCAUCCCCAAGCGCGUCAUGGACGGCAGCGAGCCUGGCGAAGUCGUCCCUGCUGCUGUUCUGUCGGGCGCUCCCGUCGAUCUGCAGGCCCGCACUGUCCGCAUUUACAAACCCACCAAGGCCGCCACCCAGUCUGGCGACUGGCACUCGCACCACUGGCAGAUGGACUGGGAUCCUCUCUCCAAGGGUCACAGAUGGGAGAACCCUCUGAUCGGCUGGCAAUCGUCCGCCGAUUUCAUGCAGGGCGAGCGCAUGUUCUUCAAGAGCAAGGAGGAUGCCAUUGCCUUUGCUGAAAAGCAAGGCUACGAAUACUUCGUUCAAGAGCCCAACGAGCGGAGGAUCGUCCCCAAGGCGUAUGCAAACAACUUCUUGCACAGCCCCAAGAAGCUUAAGAUCAUCCGGACGAAGUAA